CGGGGUGGCGCUGAGGGGUUGGCGGCCGGUCGGCAGGGAAGAGCCGAGUUUUGGCACCGGCUUCCGGGCGGAGUCGCGGAUUGGUGCUGGACGCAUUGCGGCCGGCGGGGAAGAACCGUUAAUCCGGUUUGGGAGCUCAGCGGGACCGGCUCGGGAACUUGUGUGCUGGCCUUACGCUCCGAAGCUCAGCGGCGGCGCAGAAUGAUUCGAAUUGCAGCUUUAAAUGACACUACCGUGGUGGAGGACUAUGAAGAAUCCUUCAAGAGUCACAAAACUCAAACAAAAGAAGCGCAGGAAGCUGAAGCAUUUUCCCUGUACCACAAAGCAUUAGAUCUACAGAAGCAUGAUUGCUAUGAAGAAUCUACCAAAGCUUAUCAUGAGCUACUGAAUACACAGCUGUUGAAAGAGGCUGUUCUAUCAGGUGAUGAGAAUGAAGGUUUAAAGCACCCAGGGUUGAUGUUGAAGUAUUCUACCUAUAAAAACUUAGCCAGCUUGGCUUCCCAAAAGGAUGACCUGAGUACAGCAAUGAAGUUUUAUCUGGAGGCUGUAAUGUUGGAUUCUACUGAUGUAAAUCUCUGGUAUAAAAUAGGAAGAGUGGCACUAAAAUUGAUUCGAAUUCCAUUGGCUCGCCAUGCUUUUGAAGAAGGACUGAAGUGUAAUGCUGAUCAUUGGCCGUGCCUGGACAAUCUUAUUACUGUACUAUACACACUUAGUGAUUAUACCAAUUGUCUUUAUUACAUAUGCAAAGCUUUGGAGAAAGACUGCCGGUAUAGUAAGGGCCUAGUUUUGAAAGAGAAGAUUUUUGAAGAGCAGCCUUGCUUGAGGAAGGAUUCUUUUCGUAUGUUCUUGAAAUGUGAUAUGUCCAUUCAUGCUUUGGAUGUGGAUCCAGCUGAGGCUCGGGCUGUGAUUGAGGAAGCACUUGAGCUACGCAGGAGUAAACAGGCACUGGCAGUUCAAGAGGAAGAGCCGUGUCUUCAGCUAGCACAACCAAUCUCUCAAUUCACGUGGAUGUGCCUGGGUGAGAGCCUGUUGGCUACGUACAUCAGCUUGACGUCAUCUGAGCCACCUCACCCCGGUCUUGGAAGGAUGAUAGAUCUUUGCAUGUACAGAGAUCCUUCCCAGCAUCUCUUGACAUCAUCAGCAGGCACACCUGUCAGUGUCAUCCAGCCUAAUCCUACGACUUCCAGUUCUACACCAGUGGUGACAACGCCAACAAUGUCAGCAGCAGCCACAGUUACACCAGCUGCGCCAACUCCUAUUCCAAGUGUAGCAGAAGCUGUUGUAGUGCAAGACUCUUUAAUCAUGGACAAGGUGAAGAAAGGCUCCAAAAGGAAGCGAAUUACUGAUGAGGCUGGUGAACCAGCUAAGAGGCGCUCUGCCCGAGUGAGAAAUACCAAGUGCAAGAAAGAAGAGAAGAUAGAUUUUCAGGAAUUGCUGGUCAAGUUCCUGCCUUCAAGGUUGAAAAGGGUAGAACUGGAGGAUGAAGAAGAUGCUUUUAACACUUUUGAAGUACAGACAGAAAUGAAAAAGGAAAGUCAACAACUAAUGGGCCCUUAUAGAAUGCAAUCUGACCCUUCAUCUUUCAUGGAAUUUGCAGAAAAGCAAGAAGUUCAUAAGUUCUUACUGAAUAAUCUGAAGAAUGGAGGGAUACUGGAUCUAAUGCUAAAAUAUUUAAAAGUUCUUGGUCAGAAGUUCUUGGCAAAAUGGCCACCUAAACUGACAGAAGUUGUCCUUUUGAUCUACAACAACUGGAGGAAACACUGCAGCAGUUUGCCCAAUCCUAUCCUGAGAGAGUGCAGCAACCAGCACAUUAAGGACAUGAUGGUGAUGUGCCUAAUAUGUAUGGAGCUACAGCUCGAUCAGUGGCUUCUGACAAAGUCAAAAAGUACCACAGUUUCCCCUCGGAAAUGUACCUCCAGCAACACCGCAGCGCAAUUGGGUCCUGAUUUUCCGGGAAGCCAUUAUUUGGGGGAUCUAAUUCAACUGGCCUUCACUUCCUCGCAGAGGGAUCUGUUCGAGAAUGACUGGCUGGUAUUUGUUGUUCAAGUGUACUGGUUGAAAGCCCGCUUCAUGGCAUUGCAGGGUGAUAUGGAACAAGCUCUGGAGAGCUAUGAUAUCUGCACUAGUUUGUUUUGCAGUUCAUUGGGAAUUAAGAUGAGCAGCAGGAGUGGUGAUGGUUUCACUAUCAGACUGCCAAAUUUACAUGUGGAUUCUGCCAUAUCGCUGGAAGAGAUUGAUAAAAAACUUAAGUCACUUGAGAGGUGCCAAAGCCUAGAGGAGGUUCAGCGGCUGUACGAGAUGGGUGAAUAUGACCAAGUUGUGAAGCUUUUGCGACCCACAUUAUCCCUUGGUGCAAUUGGUAGAACAAAGCCCCUGGAAUUUGGUACAUCCAUCCCUGAGCGACCUGCUCAGCUCCUCCUGCUACAGGAUUCCUUACUAAAGCUGAAAGAUUAUCGACAGUGCUUGGAAUGUUCUGAAGUUGCACUGAAUGAAGCCAUUCAACAGAUGAAUAAUGUAUCAUCUUCAUCCUCAAAGGAAGAGUGGGUUUCAACAGUGACUCAGCUGUUAACUGGGAUUGACUAUUCUUUGUCUGGUGAUAGCAGUAUUCUGGAGGAGCAGGCUAUGAAUCCUUGCUUUGUCAGAUUUGCUAACAAUCUGAUACAGAUAAUUGACAGCAGUAUGGGGUUAUCAGAAGAUGCCAAAGAACCCAAUGUGUCAUCAGUGCUGCCUUGGAUAACCUUGUACAGAAUCAUAAAGCAUGAAGAGGAUGAGUUUGACACACUCCGCCGGCAGCAUUGUAAGAGCGAAGACUCCGAUACCGAAACUCCAAUGCUGCCUUCGUCUCUAAUGUUACUGAACACAGCGCAUGAAUAUCUCGGACGGAGAUCCUGGUGCUGUAACUCUGAUGGAGCGUUGCUGAAGUUCUACGUUCGAGUUCUUCAGAAGGAGUUGUCUGCUUCAAGAGCUGAAGAUGCUCACCCUUUCAAAGAGGAGCUGGAGACUGCACUUGAACAAUGUUUUUACUGUCUCUAUGCCUAUCCCAGCAAGAAAAGUAAAGCCAGGUAUUUGGAGGAACACUCUGCUCAGCAGGUUGAACUGGGUUGGGAUGAUGCAGAAUUCAUGUUUGAUUAUUUCAAACCCAAGAAUUACCCAGAGUUUGACAGUUACAAGACCAGCACGGUGUCUGCAGAUUUGGCAAAUCUCUUGAAGAAGAUUGCUGCGAUAGAUCGUGAUGAAGAUAAUCUACCUCUCUCUAUAGAGAGUGUAACAGCGUAUAUUGAAGGCUCUGUUGACACGGUGCCAGUGCUCCCUGAAGGUGCAGAUUCUGGGCUUCCUCUUGUCAAUGAAUUGUAUUACCUCUUAGCUGAUUAUCAUUUCAAGAACAAAGAACAGGCCAAAGCUAUUAAAUUCUAUAUGCAUGACAUUUGUGUCUGCCCAGGCAGGUUUGAUUCUUGGGCAGGCAUGGCUCUGGCUCGAGCUAGCCGUAUCCAGGACAAGCUGAACUCAAAUGAGUUAAAGAGCGAUGGACCCAUCUGGAAACACUCAGUUGCUGUUUUGAACUGCUUUAAGCGGGCACUUGAGAUAGAUCGCACCAAUCUCUCACUCUGGAUUGAAUAUGGCUCCAUGUCCUAUGCCCUGCAUUCAUUUGCUUCACGCCAGCUGAAACAGUGGAAAACAGAGUUGCCUUCGGAAGUUGUACAACAGAUGGAAGAAAGAAGAGACAGCAUGCUUGAGACAGCCAAGCAAUGUUUCCUCUCAGCAACACACUGUGAAGGUGAUGGCGAUGAGGAGGAGUGGCUCAUUCACUACAUGUUGGGUAAAAUAGCAGAAAAACAGAAACUGCCACCAAAAGAAUACUUGGAACAUUACAAGCAGGCAGCACGUAAUCUACACGAGGACGCAGCACAUUACCCACGGAAAAUCCACUACCACAAUCCACCAGAUCUAGCAAUGGAAGCUCUAGAGGUGUACUUCAGGCUUCAUGCCUCAAUCCUUAAACUGCUGGAGAAGGAUGAAGUGACUGUGGAUUGUGAGAUGCUCUUCAGCUACAUAAAAGAAGCAGCACAUGGACCUUUUGCCAGAGGUGAAGAGAAGAGUACUUUUAAAGUCAAUGAGAAGGAAAAGUCCUGUGCAAAUGAUGAUGACUCCCAUUCUUCCGUUGGAACCGUGCAAGGUCAAGGAAACCUUACCUCGGGUCCAGGUCUGACAUCCCCACCUUACACAGCCACUCCGACUGACCACGAUUACGUCAAACGUAAAAUCCCCCAUCAGCAGGCUUCAAUUGAUGAGAGGAGUCAAGAUAGCGUGAUUUUGGUACUGUCUGAUUCUAGCUCAACACAGGACAUCUUUACAGAUGCAGCCAGUUCCCAGGACAGUAGCAAGAAAAUUCACUCUGGUAAAGGUAGUCCUUCAUCUUCUUCAACUGUGGAAGCUAAUGUAUUACCUAGGGAAAACCAUGGAAAACUAGACGAAGAUGACUUUGGGUUACGAAUGUCUUCAGAGGAUUGCAGAGGAGGCGGUGCAGCGAUUACAGAAGCCAUUGAUGCUUUGACUUUGAGGUUGGCAGAACGUUCAGGUAACAGAGCACCUGUGGAGAGCACUGUAUCAUCAAGAGAGAAUUAUAGGAAGUUAGAAGAAGAGGAUUCUGUUGGAAGAGUCUGCUCUGAACUCUGUCGAGGAAGCAAUGUGGAAAUCAGUGAAGGCAUAGAUGCUCUGGCUUUGAGACUGGCAGCACAAGCAGGGGCAAAGUUGCACACCGAGUCACAGAGUCAGAGUAGUAGCAUCAGUACUGCUGUUGUCACUCCCACCAGGACCACCUCAUCAUCUCUCUGUGACUCAAAAAAGAAAACAACUGAACCAUCAGGAGAUAUGAAAGACACCUAUAGAUUGGAGGACCUCCCUCAGAGCUUGCCAGGAGAUGAGAGGGAGCAGCGCUGGGUCUUGAUCGAACAGUGCAUUAGAGCCUUGCAUCUGUGUCUCUGUCGAUUCCCUCAGCACUACAAGAGUCUCUACAGGCUGGCAUAUCUGUACAUCUAUAGCAAAACACACAAGAAUUUGAACUGGGCUCGAGAUGUGUUGCUAGGCGUCACUGUUCCAUGGCAACAGUUGAAGCAUAUGCCAGCACAAGGACUCUUUUAUGAGAGGAACAAGACAAAUUUUUUUAAUGGAAUCUGGCGUAUUCCUGUGGAUGAAAUCGACCGUCCUGGCAGCUUUGCCUCACAUAUGAACCGUUCAAUUGUCAUCUUACUUGAUGUUUUAUCACAACUGAAGGACCAUAAUACUCUGUUGAGAGUAUCUUCCAUGCUUCAAAGGACACCUGACCAAGGAAAAAAAUAUUUACGUGAUGUGGAUCGUCAAGUGCUUGCCAAGCGGGCAUUAAUAUUGACAGUAAAAGUGCUUGAGGACAACUUAAAGAAAUUAUCUGGGGUAUCCGAAGAUCAGGUUCCAAAAUCAAUAAUUCCUCCAAUGGGGGAAAUGACAUCGGAUGUUUCAAACAAGCCAAAUGCUGAGGAGCACAAAGGUGAUGUGGCAAAAAAACCCACCAUCACUGAGGGGCCUUUAAAAAAUACAGAAAAUGGAGUAAAGGAUAUUCCAAGGGACCAAACUCCGAAAUGCGUGGAGAUGGAACAAGUGGAAGCAGUUCUGGGUGAGCUCGGUAAACCAUACACUGGCACAGGUGAACCAAUGGAACUUGAUAGCUCUGCUGCACAAGGAAUAUUGGAGUUUUCAUUCAAGCCUCCUGGUGGUUCGGAUACAGACCACAGCAAAACUGUUGGCCUCACUGAGGGGAAGGGCUCUGAAUGCAAACCUGCUGAACUUUCUUUGGAGGAGCUGAGUAUCAGUUCAAAACAGCAAGGAUCAACAGGGUCAUACGUUGUGGCCAACCAACUGGUCAGAAAAAUGGGCAGGAAGAGAAAACUGAUAGAUGACACUGAAUCUGGGAAAACUCUACUGCUGGAUGCAUACAGAGUCUGGCAGCAAGGUCAAAAGGUUAUGACUGUUGAUCUUGGGAAGAUUGAGAAAAUCAUGUCGGAGACCUACAUGCUGAUCAAGCAGGUUGAUGAAGAUGUGGCUUUAGAGCAAGCCAUGAAGUUCUGCCAACUGCAAAUGGCCACAUCAACACAGAAGCAGUCUGGAGAGACGCCAACCACGCCAAAAUAUUCCAAGGACUGUAAGGAAAGCUUCUUCCCUUCUACAUCCAGCACCAUAUCCCCAUCUGCUCCCACUUUGACGACGCCCAGCACAGUGGUGUCUGAGAACGUCAGGCCAGCUGAUUUACAACCUAAAAUGAGGUUAAGCCACAUGGCCCAAGGUGAGACGCGAGGUUCUGAGGUCACAUCACUGCCAACGGGGCGGGACACCGAACCCCAAUCUACAGAGACACAUUCCAGUACGGCGUACCUCACUCAAGAUGAGGACUCUGAGGAACCUUUAGAAGAGCUAAGCUAUCGACAUCAGGAGACUCACUUGUGCCAACAGAUGAAAAUGGCGACAGUCACUUCAUCCCACGAAACCUCUCACUGGCAGGAAGAGGGCAAUUACACUCAACCAAAUGAGGGCUUGCACCCUGAACAUUGCUCCAGUCACACUUCCAGCUCGGUAAGUGAGCCCACUACCAUCUCAGCUUCCCAGACUUGCAAAGGAGAUGGCAGUCGGAUAAAGUCACGUGUCCCUCCAAACAUGCCAAAACUCUUCAUCCCAUCAUCUGUGGCAAAGUUUCCGCCAGAGAUAACAGUCACACCACCUACCCCUACCCUCUUGUCUCCAAAAGGCAGUGUCUCUGAGGAAACCAAGCAAAAAUUAAAGACUGCCAUUCUGUCUGCACAGUCUGCUGCCAAUGUGAAGAAAGAGGCUCUGCGACAGCCAGCACUAGAGAUCCUGGAGACAUCGAGCCAAGAAUCUUCAUUGGAAAGUGACACUGAUGAUGAGGAAGAUGACUACAUGGACAUAUGACUGGAUUCUCAAGCUGCAGCUAUGGGCAGCUAAAUGAGGAGGAUCUACAUAUACUGUUGUAAAAAUAAAUGGCAGUACAAUUUUCUAUGUGAGACGGGAGUGCGUGAUACUUUCUAUGAAGCUCAUUGGAUAAGUUUGUAGCAUUCUCUUACCAGUGUUGGCUGUUGUAAAUAUUAAAAGCACCAUGGCAGCGAGCCUUUGAGCCUCACUGGAUUCUUUGUUUCUAACUUCAAGGGAAGGCUCAGACCUUUCUGGAGGAGAAAUGUUGAUUUAUUUAGGAAGAGCAGAUUUAACUGCAUUCAGGGUCGAGACUCAACCAUUGGAAUGGUCCCCUUUCUGACCCAGGGAGCUUGUUCCCUCACUGAGUUUCCAGUUCAGUCUUUGGGUGGAAAAUCUGAAGUAAGGACAUCCAAAAACAGUCACUUACGGCAGACACCAAGCAAAAGGUAUAGCUUAAUGAUUAGCAGAGGAUGGAGAAUGGUGGAAAUAUGAUAGCUCUGUAAUACUGAGGGCCUGCCAGCCGUUCCUAGCUAUUUCCAGCUUUCCUGGUGUAGUUUCUGCUGGACUUUUUAGCCCUUCUUAGAGCCCGCCUUGAAUUAGUAAGUGCAGGUCACAUAGUUUAGAAUGGAUUGGGACUUGGUUAGUUUUCCUAUAGAUUCUGCUAACUUCUUGUAAGAUAAUGCACUUAACUUCCCUCCAUGCAUCAUAGCUGAAGUCAGGCAUUACAUAAAUCUAGUGGGAGAGAGGAUUUCAGCAAUUCCUGUUACUUUUAUACUGAACCUCUUUCUGCCUUGCAACUUUUUAAAUCAUAAAUGGAUAAAUGUUAGUUUCCUUUGCAUGAUGUUAGUCAAUAUUAUACAUCUGUAUAUCUUAGAGUUCAGUGAACCUAAGCCUGCUCUCAAUGCUAGAUCCAGGAGUCUGGAACGUGGAGUAGGAUGCUGGGAGAUGUUGAGAGGGUAAAGAUCGAGAUGUAAUUGUCCAACCCAACAGCAAGUUUUUCAGGAAGUUUCUUCAGUAAUAUCUCUUUUCAUUUAAUAAUCAGAAGGUCAUGCAAGCUCGAGUUUCAGAUUUUUUUUGGGAGGAGGCAACUCACAAGAAGGGAGAUGUCACACAGAGCAACGUUCUUUCAAAAAAGAGAAGAAGAGUUUUGAAUUUGUAGUCAGUGUCAGCCCAAGACCCAAAAGGAGGAUGGAGAGCUGGAGCCAAACAACUGUAGCCAGUCAUCCAAUUUUCAUUCACUAAUAUAACAACACCAGGUCAAUGAAUACCUCUGGAAUCUGAAACUAAUAGCACACUCAGUCACAUUGUGUCAAACAAGAAAAUAUCACCAAGGUCUGAUAUGUUUGAGAAUACUGACAGUGUCUGUAUAUAGCAACUGUCCACCUUCAUUUUUGUCUCACUCCUCAUGUUCUGGGCCAGAUCUUUCUGUGGUGGAGCCGUAAAUUAGAUAUUUUCCUGCAUUCUAUAAGUCAAUUAGAAUUUUCUGCAUAAUUUAGAGGCUAUUAAUGGCACUGUUUGGGCAACAGAGUAUCUCAGUGUAUCCUUAACCAGAAAUUUGAGAAAGCCACAGUUGGGAGGAAUUCUUUUUCAGAAUUUUUUUUCAAAAAGGGAUUAUUUUUUGAUAAAGAAAGAUUAUGUUAAGAGAAAAGAUGAUACUAACAGAAGCAAGUAUAAAACAUCUUAAUUCUCUAAACCAGAGUUUUUCAACUGUGGUUCCAUGAGAGGUCUCUAGGUGGUCAGCAAGAGAUGGUGAUUAAAAAAAACAUUUUUUGAAUUUGACACAAUGCACGGUGCCAGCAUGGUGGGCAGGACUGAGCUGCCCCAUUAGCAAUCUCAUUAGAAGUCUCAGCUCAGUCUGGCAGGCCCAGUAGGACCGUACUUAUUUGCUUGAGUCCAUUCUCAGUUUUUGAUGCAAGAUAGGAGAAGCCGUUAAUAAUUGGUGAGCUCUGUAUUGGACAGAGGGAAGGACGGUAGGCUGAUAAUUGGUGACCACUCUAUGGUACAGAGGGGAGGACAAUAGAAUGAUAAUUGGUGACUGCUGUAUUGCACGAGGGGAGGACGGUAGGCUGAUAAUUGGUGAGUGUUAUAUUGCAUGGAGGGGAGGAUGGUAGGCUGGUAAUUGGUGACCACUGUAUGGUACAGAGGGGAGGAUGGUAGAAUGAUAAUUGGUGAGUGUUGUAUUGCAUGGAAGAGAGGACAGUAGGCUGAUAAUUGGUGAGUGUUAUAUUGCAUAGAGGAGGAUGGUAGGUUGAUAAUUGGUGAGCACUGUAUUGCAUGGAGGGGAAUACAGUAGGUUGAUAAUUGGUGAGUGCUGUAUAGUACAGAUGGGAGAACGGUAGGCUGAUAAUUGGUGAAUGUUGUAUUGCAUGGAGGGAAGGAAGGUAGGCUGAUAUUUGGUUAGCGAUGUAUUACAUGGAAUGGAGGUCGGUAGGCUGACGAGCAUGAAGUGUGUUUUCCGAGCCUUGAAUGGACUCGCCCAACUUGGGCUAGAACGUCAGCUUCCCCCUCUUGAUUACCUCCCCCAACUUUCCCUUACCCGCCACUUAUGGGAGCAAACAAACUACCAGUGUAGUAGAAAAUUAUAUCUACCGAGUCUGCCUUUAGAAAAAUUAAAUCCCAUUUUGGCUUAAGCCAAUUAUUUAACAGAAAUUUAUUACGUUUCCCUUAUGAGUUUUAAAAUUUUAUGAAUUUAAUUUCAAGAAAGGGAGGUUAAGCUUAACUACUUGUCUUUUUUCAAGAAAUGUUGGCUAAAAAUUCAUUCUCUACUUUAAAGACAAUUAUUUGUGGAUUAUUAUAUCUCCAAUUUACUGAUCAUGCUACUGUACUGUGAGUUGUGGAUAUAAUUUUUACACAGGGAUUCCCUGAGACCUGAAAAUUAUUUCAAGGGUUCCUCCAGGCCAAAAAGGUUGAGAAAGACUGCUCUAAACAAAAUUUGCUGUAUGGAGGAUUGAAACUCAACAGUUAAAAAGUUGCCCUUUUCUGGCCCAGACAGGUUGAUUGCUUUGUAUUAUCUCAGUAUUGAAACUAUUGCAAGCACAGUGAAUUUAACAGGUUUUUAGCAGUAAACAUGAAGGGAAAAGCCAGAUGUUUUUUUGCAUAAGGCAGGUGGUGGGGUGAUGUAAAUAUAUUGAGUUCCAGAGCUUGGCAACACCAGGCAUCCAUUGAACCUGCUGGCCAACUUGUGCAAUAUUAGAAGCAUACUUUCCAAAAAGGGUUUUGCAGUACAUUCAGAUCAAUUAAUACUGGAGUUAUUUCAUUGUUCUGGGCCUUUUCACAGUACAUUGGGCUGGACUGGUGCAUUACCGAGUGAAUCCAAUGAAGUGGCUAGCGUCUGUUAUCAGGCAUAGGAACCCACAAAAGCUGCCUACAGGAAAGCUGUCAAUCAACAUCUAACUAAAGCAUACAAUACAGUAAAAGAUAGUUGGUUAUCAGUAUUCCCGCACUGUCUUUAUAAGCAGAAUAAGAAGUGAUUCUGGCAAAUCUGUCACUCAUUGGUUAUUCCACAAUUUAUAAUAAUUAAAUGGGUUUUGAAGUUACCGUUUCAUUUUCAAAUUAUUAAAUGAUUUGCAAAAUGGGGAAAGCACUGAUGAAUUGCUAAAAUACAGUUGUGUAUCUGAAUGUGUAUUAGAUCACACACUCACACUCACUCACACUCACUCUCACACACACUCACACUCACACACACUCGUGUAUUAGAUCGCACACUCACACUCACACACACUCACUCACACUCACUCUCACACACACUCACACUCACACACACUCGUGUAUUAGAUCGCACACUCACACUCACCCACACUCACACUCACACACACUCACCCACACUCACACUCACACACACUCACUCACAUUCACUCACACACACACUCACACUCACACACUCACACACACUCACACUCACUCGUGUAUUAGAUCACACACUCACACACACUCACUCAUGUAUUAGAUCACACACACACACACACUCACUCGUGUAUUAGAUCACACACUCACACACACUCACUCAUGUAUUAGAUCACACACACACCCACACACACUCACUCACUCACACACACACUCACACACACACACUCACUCGUGUAUUAGAUCACACACUCACUCACACUCACACACACUCACUCACACUCACACACUCACACUCACACACACUCACUCACAUUCACUCUCACACACACUCACACUCACACACACUCGUGUAUUAGAUCGCACACUCACACUCACCCACACUCACACUCACACACACUCACCCACACUCACACUCACUCACACUCACACACACUCACUCACAUUCACUCACACACACACUCACACUCACACACUCACACUCACUCGUGUAUUAGAUCACACACUCACACACACUCACUCAUGUAUUAGAUCACACACACACUCACUCGUGUAUUAGAUCACACACCCACACACACUCACUCACUCACACUCACACACACUCACACUCACACACACUCACUCAUGUAUUCACUCACUCUUGCAGAGAGAGAGACACACACUCACAGUUUCUCCUUCCCGUUGUGUCCCAGCAAACUGAAUCUGUCAGUAGAUUGUUUGAGGCUUGCUCGUGCGUUUACCAGUGGUCACCUACAGUGGUGGUGAGUUUAGAUAGGUCCCAUGAGUAACCUUUGGCACAAGAAGGUGGAACUUGUAUUUAUUUAGUAACAUUAAUGCAAAUUGUCCUCAGCCAUUCAUAGGAUAGCAUCUAAAGAUGAACCAAAAGCUUCUUGGAAAUGCUUUUAGGAAGGUAGACUUGAGCAACAAAGGAAGAAGUGGCAAGUUAGAGGAGUGGGAAUUCUCAAGUGUACGCCCUUGGCAGCUGAGGUUUCAGGCCCGCCGGACAUCAAAGUGGUGGAGUGACCAAAUUUAGGGAUGUGGAAGAGGUCAGAAAUUGCAGACAGAAAGGAGAAAUGGGUCAAAACUUGGAUAGGUGUGUCGGGAACCAUUAUUAGUAAUGCAUCAAUAAACCAAUAAGAAGAAAGAAGCUCCAUCCACCAAAUAAUUGAAGAAAUAUUGUUCUAUAAAGUGCUAUAGGAAUUUAAUUUACACGGUACUUUUUCUUCAAUGACAGUAGUUGGAUAUAAUUUACAAUUCAGCUAUAGAGACUGAGUCUUGUAUUCUUCACAUAGCGCCAAUACAGGGAAGAAGGUACUUAACUGUUGGAUAGGAAGUGGGUCAGACCACUUUGCACUUGAUUGGUGCCAUUCAGAAUGCCACUUAUUGAAGCUUCCUGCUACCAGCAGGCUCGGUCAAGUAGGAUAAUUAUGUUGGCCAGGGCAACCUGCUCUCAGGAAGGCCACCACCAGCUUUCAUUUUAUUACAACAGCAUCAGGGAGUGAACAGCUUUCAGGUGAUGAGAGGUGCACUCUCAGCACAGGUUCUGCCCGUGGUCACUUGAGUGGAAGAAGAGCCAGAAUGUGAUUAUUCGCUUUUGAUACCUUGUUAGAGACUACCUUGCUGAGACAAUUCAGGGUAAAUGACAGGGGUAUAAUUUGUAUUUGAAUAUCUUGAGAAAUGUAAAGUACCUGACAGAGUGCCCAGCUGCAGAUUGCAGUUAGUAUUGAAUGUCUUUUUAUAAAGUACAUUUUUUCUAAGGACUUCUGCCCAUGGAGUGCACACUUCUACAUUUUUAAAGAAAGUCUUUUUAAACCAUGUAACCGCUUAGCAGCAAAAAACAAUUAAAUGUUAGGGCUUGACUGUUGAAUGUUCUGUCACAGGAAUGAUAACUGCUUUUUAUAUACAGUAUAUGCCAUGUUUUAACUGUAAAGCUAUUUUAAAUCAACUUUUGUGUAUAAACAAUGUUUUUUUUUUGAAGACCAGAAAAUCUGUUACAGUGUCCGCAUGUGAAAUGCUACAAGCUGAAGGCAGCUAUCAAUAAACUAUAGUUCCUCGGGCAGGCUGAGGGCUUGA